UUGUUUCGACUUCACCAGGACCUGAAGAAGAGGCAGAAAAACCUGUGAAAACUAAGACUGUUUCUUCCAGUAAUGGAGGAGAAAGUUCGAGUCGCAGCGCAGAGAAACGGGCAGCUAAUGAAGAAGCUGAAGACUUCACCACAAAGCCUGCUCCUGCCAAAAUGUCCAAGUUUGGAUUUUCCAUAGGCAGUCAGACAACAAAGAAGGCAUCUGCAAUAUCCAUCAAACUAGGAGCAAAUAAGCCUAAAGAGCCUGUUCCAACCCUGGCUCCAAAAACCCUUUCUGUAGCAGCAGCUUUCAAUGAAGAUGAAGAUAGUGAACCAGAAGAAAUGCCUCCAGAAGCCAAGAUGCGCAUGAAGAACAUCGGAAGGGAUACACCAACCUCAGCAGGACCAAAUUCUUUCAAUAAAGGAAAGCAUGGAUUUUCUGACAACCAGAAGCUAUGGGAAAGAAAUAUAAAAUCUCAUCUUGGAAAUGUCCAUGACCAAGAAAAUAACUAAAUGAUGUGGAUUACAAGUUGGGUGUUUGGGGGGAGGGGAGGGUGUAACAUUAAAGGAACAGUUUCCUUUUUUAAGAAUGGUUUGAGACUAUCUUUGGAGCCACUUUUUUAAGAUUUUGAGUGGUACACUAAUAAAUGAGUUUGAAAUUAGAGGUAAUUUAUGUUUUGUAUACAGAUUUCAAGGCAUUUGCUAAUUUUGUAGUUCAUGUGAUUAGUUUCAAAAGGUUACAGAUAAUAAAGAAAUUGGAGUGG